AGCAAUACAAUCAAGGAAACAACAUUAAAAAAAAAAAAAAAAAAAAAAAAAAAAAGUUGAAAUGAUGGAACAUGGAUACGAGGAAGCUGCUAGUCCUAGUGCCCAGUUCUUGAACAGCUCAGUGCUGUCCCUUACUAUUCUGGGAGUUUUGGAAAGUGAGAUUCCAAUACAGGCUUCUGAUUCUCUCGUCAUUUCACUUCUCAAGGAUGUCUUUGUCCCCAUUAAUCCCAGGUUUUCUUCUAUAAUGGUGAGUGAAGGAAUUAAUGGUGGGAAGAAAUGGAAAAGGGUGGAAGUGAACCAUUCAGAGCACGUGAAAGUUCCAAACUAUCCCGCCGGAAAACCCAUAGAAUUUUACGAUGAUUGUCUCUCCGACUACCUCUCAAAGAUGGCAAUGGAGGCUUUCCCUCCAAACCGUCCACUCUGGGAAAUCCACUUGUUUAAAUACCCAACAACCAAUGCAGCCGGCAACGUAAUCUUCAAGCUUCACCAUUCGCUCGGAGAUGGCUAUUCUCUCAUGGGAGCCAUCCUUUCCUGCCUUCAGAGGGCGGAUAAUCCGGCGCUGCCGCUCACGUUUCCUUCCCGCCAAAGGAGCACCGCCGCACCCCGCUCCAAAGCUUCCAAUAAAAUUUCUGGGUUCUUCAAAGCCAUGCCCAGGUUCUUGUUUGGAGCAUUCAACACGGUUUAUGAUUUUGGAUGGAGCGUCUUCAAGAGCACUUUGGUUGAAGAUGACCGGACUCCGGUCCGCUCCGGCGACGACGGCGUGGAGUUCCGUCCAAUUGCCACCACUACUAUGUCGUUUUCCCUUGAUCAAAUCAAGCAAAUCAAGGACAAACUUAAAGUGACAAUAAACGAUGUGGUGACGGGGAUUAUUAUAUACGGGACAAGGCUAUAUAUGAAGCAAUGCGAAGAAGAAUCCAGCAAGGCAAGAUGCACGGCACUGGUACUGUUUAACACCAGGGCAAUAGGAGGGGGCUACAAAUCCGUGACUGAAAUGAUAAAACCAAACGCAGAAAUGCCAUGGGGAAACCAAUUCACCUUCUUGCCGGUAUCCCUCCCGGCCCUAACUCCGGCCAACGCUUCCGACCCCCUCCGCUUUGUCCGAAAGGCUCACCGGAUAAUCAAGAGGAAAAGAAAUUCCGCGUCCGUUUAUCUCACCGGUUGGCUUCUUCAAGCUUUGAUGAAAACUAGGGGCAGCGAGGUGACAGCAAGGUAUAUUCAUGGGACAUCAAAGAAUUCUAGUAUGGGAAUAUCGAAUAUGAUUGGGCCGAUGGAAAGAAUGUCUUUGGCCAAUCAUCCUGCGAAAGGGAUAUACUUCAUCAUUGCUGGAAUCCCACAGAGCUUAUGUGUAACGAUGGUGAGCUACGUGGGAAGCCUAAGGAUUGCGUUGUCUGUGGAGAAAGACUUCAUAGAUGCUGAGAAAUUCAAGUGUUGUGUCCACCAUGCUUUUGAAGGAAUAUAUGAAGCAGCACUUGGCUCUUCUUGAUUCACCUUAUUAA